ACGAUAGGCGGCAGCAAAGGGGCCCAAUAGUCAAUCGUACAGACAGAAGAAGAAGAAGAAGGCUUAGCCAACAUUGUUUUGGUCGACAGAUUUUGCUGCACACUAAACGGAGAGAAAAUUUUUCGAUAGGGCUUUUAUUGUUUGAAAAACAAGAUUGGUCACCAUGACAACCAAGCGUGGACUGAUAACUGAUUCAUUCAAGGUGGUGAAGAAAGCAAAGAAGCGGGAGAAACGAGAGAAGAAGUCUACUCCUCCUCCGCCACGGAAAGCAGAGGUUGAAACUGAAACAGUCCAAGAGGAGGAGCUGCAGAAGCUCAGACAGUUUGAUCUGGACUGGAGAUUUGGGCCCUGCACAGGUAUUAGCAGGCUGCAGAGGUGGGAGAGAGCAAAACUUCAUGGUCUGGACCCACCUGAGGAGAUCAGAGACCUGCUGUUGCAAACACACACUGAUCCUGAGUACAACCUGAGCCUAUGGAGCGAAUAUCCUUUGUGAAGACACUGUCAGGUCAUUUUGUCAGCCCAAUUCACAAAUGUUUUUCAGAGGGGUUUCCUUUCUUAUGGAAGCCCCUUUCCAACAAUGCAAUGAAAAAAUUUUCAUUAUAAGUCAUUAUAGUCAAAAGUCAUUAGAAUGAGAAACUUUCUUAAAAUAUCAAUGUAGUAUUUUCAAAUUAUGACUUGGUAUCUCAAAAUGAAAAAAAUUGCAUUACUUUGAAAAAGUUACUUACUUUUUAAACAUGUUAGUCAGUAUUUUGAGAUGCUAACUCAUUAUUUUGAGAUAUUAUUUCAUUAUUACAAUAAAGUUUCUUAUUAUAAUGACUUACAGGAUUUUUCUUCCUCACAUUGGCAGAAAUGUGCAUCCGUACAUACUAUCCUGAAACCCUGAAAAAUUCGACAAAGAAAGAAAACAAGUUUAAAAGGGGAAAUGUCUAAAGGGAGGAACCUCUCCAACAGACGACAGAGGAGGGAUCCCUCUUUCAGGGUGGAAACAGAACAUUCAGUUAUGUGUGUGUCUUGUUUGUUGUACUGUGUCAUCUCCUACACACUUUACACUUUUUUCUACACACACAGUUCUAAAUAACAUUUUUAAUAAAAAAAAUUCUACCAAAACACUGCCUUGUGAUGUAUAAAUGAGGGAGCAGCGAAUGCAGUAGUGACACUGUAGAGAUUAAAAGGUGAAGAAGACAAUAAACAACAAAGAGUUUCACA